AUGGCCGGGUUCUCAAGGAGGGAGAUACUGAGAUUUGCAAUUGAGAGUGAAAGCACCUAUUUGCUUCCUCUUACUUUCCAUGGCGGUCCAAUUCGCUUGCUUAUUGAGUUAGGAUUUAAUGCAAAUAAAAGAUCAGAUGUGAGGCUUUAUUAUGGGGCUAGAAAGCUUCAGAGAAUUGCUUAUCAGGUUAGGUUCAAGGAUUGGGAGUGUACUGGUGUUAAAAUUGUAUCAGCUUUUUCGCAACCAGAUGAUAGAUGGAAAGGUGAACAAGGCUAUGUACAUGCUGCUUUUUCUAGAGCCAAACAAAUUCUGAAUCCUUCAUUGACUGGGGCAGUGCUCUAUGAUGUUACAUCUGUGCUCGUGGCUGAUGGUGUGCCGAAAGAUAAAAUCCUGAAAAAUUUUUAA